AGGCGCUGUGGUAUUCCCCCGCUCGAUAUCAUUACCCCCCUUUUUGCAAAGUGAAUCUCUAUCUCACGUGAGCUUGCUACGCUAAUGCUUCUAGUACCUUUCGAAACGCUACUUCUUCGUAAAGAUAGAGGAUCCGAACGAGACACAGUUGCGAGCGCGCUAGUUCGAUAGCCGUACGGUUUUUUUUGUUUCUGGGCCACUGUACGAGACCGUUGUUGGUAUUUGCUUUCGACGCAGGAGUCACAUCACUUGGUGGACACAUAUUUUUUCAAAAAGAGCUGCACGACGCCACCGUACUAUUAAAAGUACCUGUACUAGCUUCUCUUUAGUUUUCCUUUUAGUAAAAGGAUAAAAUUUGUUUUUGUUUGGUUCUACAAGCGGAACGAUUACAAGUGGACUCAAGACCUCCCGCCCCCGGCGUACCAUUGUUGCCGCGGUGAGAAAGGAGAGCUCUUAGCCCUUGUUGCAGCAGAGCCAGCAAAGCCGGUGGGAUCAUACCACCUCGACGAGAACUGAACGAUCCCCUGCUCAUCUCUUUCAGUGUCAAUGCUAGCGCGAGGGCGAGGGGGGACCACAGGGCCAUGAUCAAGUUCGAGUCAAAGGAUUGAUACACAGGCGGAGGCGAAGAUGAUGAAGCGGCAGUCGUGCUGAUUUUCGUUAUCGUACGGUUACUAUGCGAGAAGGCGAGCAUCACCAAUCUUCGCCGAGCACCGACGGGGGUGUGAAGAUGAUUCAACACGACGACAGCAUGUUCGUGCGAGAGCUGACGGAGAAGAAUCUGAACGGGUGUGUUAGUGCGAACGUCGGCACUGAUGAAGCUGCACUGGACCAGGACCACAGCAAAUUUGAGGACUGCAGCAUUUCGCCGGACGAUGUGACCCUGUUCAACAAAACCGCCGGACAGCAUGGUUACACAAAGAUAUCAUCAGCUGAAGUUCUCCCGCCGAGUUUGCGAGACACAACCGCCAGUGAAGAGAACCCGGAUACUAGUGAUGCCAGGGAGAAUACGACCAAUACGACUACCGCUUCCACCUCGACCUUCAACCGCACGAGCGAAUGGUACAAAAAUAAUCUGUACCGUGGGCGCGAACCGGACCAGUUGCCAGUCGCCUGGGAGCCCGGGCUAUCACAGGAAAAAAGUGUUACAGUUACACAUUUGCUGGAGUUUCUGCAUCACAAAGUUGCUCGACAUGGCUAAGAAAACCUGUGAUGCGCAGACUAUAAGGGAAAACACCAAUGAAAUGAGGAUGGCAAGCAUUUCCUGCAUGACAGAAGUUGCCUGUCUUGCUUGUUUCGCAACACAAUGUGUAACUGUAACACUUUUUUCUUCGCAUACGGACUCACGGCCGCGGACUUUCACCCGGCCGAGACGGAAGAGGAAUUUUGUCUAUGCAUUGCAAAUAUGUCUGGGUCUGGAAACUUGUAAUGCUAAAAGCGCAUGAGAGCUCUACUGCAAUACGGAGCCACGCAUGACAAAUUUUUGGGCUCCCUUGUGUUGCGUGUUCCGCAUGGCAAACUGCGUUUUUGCAUGACAGUUAAGAAGACCGCUUCAUGCCCAUGCAUGACAGAUUCUUGAGUCAUGUCAGACAUGCAUGACAAUGUAGCAAUCUUCCAGACCCAGACACUUUUGCAUUCCAUAUUGUCGUCGCUACACCUACUGGCGCUUCCCCUUCAUCACCGCGGACGGGCGCCGGAAGACGCUGCAGACCUUCGGCGCGGACGUGACUGAGGAAAGCUUGUUGACUGUCGGAACAUUAGGUGGAGCAAGAAAUAACAAUAGUAGUUCUACAAACGCAGCAGGAGCAGGACCUCCAACAAAGGCAGGAUACAGUAGCAAAGCAAACAACAUCUCGGUUUCCAAGCACGAGCUGCUGAUGAAGCAGAUGCUGUGUUUUCUGCUGAAGUUUGUGUGCAACCGCGAGGCGAUCAACGCGCUUCCGAUCGUAAAAAAGAAAGCUCCCUGGUGCGAAGCGGUCACCCCGCUGGCGACAGCGGCGAGCAUCCAGUUUCUUGGCGGCUAUGAGAACGUCGCACUGCGGUACUUGAAGCUGAAUUCCUGGCGGCUCACGAAGGCAAAGCUUUCUUUGAUAGAAGCCAUCCGCUGGCGGUGCGUGGACCUGCCAAGGAUCUUGCUGCACACCAAACCCUCCAGCGAGAAAAACACCACCAUAUUCGCGCCAGCGCUGGCCCCCUCGGCGCUCCGAGGACGCAGUGCGUCUCGGGGCUCGAAAAGCGGUCCGAAUAGUCGCGGGAGCACAAAAUCCAAGAGCCGGGCGCGGAGCGGUAGUAGCCCCCGAUCGGGGAAGGAACGGGAGAUGAACAGGGUGGAACAUCAAAGCCGGGAGAAUAGUGCCGCAGCAGGAGGCGCUGCAAAAACCAAUUUGCUAGAGCAGAUGACAGGAGGUUUGUCCACAACUGUGACUACCCCUGUGGCCACCACCCCGCAACCUCCAGAGAAGGCGUUCGUCGGCGAGCAUUUGUUUUCCCGUCGCCUGUUUCCGAUCAUGGGGAUACCGUUCGUGGAAGUAACGCCCCUUGCAGACAUUCACGACCUGGUGCAAAACCCCGACAGGCUAAAUCCGAAGUCCUCCUAUAGAACUGCAGGUAUCAGUAAGCGCAAGUAGGACCGCUAUAAUAAAGAAGUACCGUUUAUUCUCAUGAUGUUAUGGUUACACUUGUAUCUGUAUCAUCUACAUCUAUUAGUACAGCGCAAAAAUAACGAAGUUAGAAGUAGAAGUUGCGAGUAGAAUACUAAUGUCAAAAAGUUGCAUCCACUACAGGAGCCGCUACGAUAGCAGUUUCCGCUAUCACUCCGGGCGAGACUCCGGGCGGCGCGGCGACAUCACAGCUAGAGUUGGAUUUGCUAAUGCGCUUCGAAAGCAAGACAAAACCCGGCAGUGGCACCCCGGGAAGAUAUAAUAAUGGCACAACAGCAGGAGGACCACAUGGUCGUACAGCAGGUGCACCAGAGGGGGAAACGAGUCCGGAUUCGUCGCCCACCGUGCAGCCGCGACCGAGAAGGAGUAUGUUGGCACGGUGCUGGGGCUCCCUCUCUCCGAGAAAAAGGAAACUUCGAAGCAGCAUGAGUUUAGGUAGUACACCGACUCCCGCAAUGUCACGAGGCGGGAACAGCAGUAGUACAACUUCUUUUUACAGCAGUGCCGUGCCGCACCCGAGUUCUUUCGCAGCAAAAGCAAACGGCACAAACGAGGAAACCACUACGAGUACCGCGUCGUCUUCGGCGAAGGGUAAUGGGAAUGGGACAUCAUCAGCUCAGCACCUCCCAAAUGGAGCUGCUGCAAUAUUGGAGGAAGUGGACGCAAGGUCGGAAACUUUUUCCUUUGUAUCGCUGACCGACCCGCAACCCUCCCCGCUCGGCCCGCUGCGGGGCGAAGGUAGCUCGGGCGUCUCGAGGUUCAACGCCAGCGCCACAAUUAUAACAGAGACCGAAGAAGAGCAGGACGUCGGAGCUGUUGUUGUGCAGCCUGCAGGUGGUGCUUCCACGAACAACGACACAAGUUCUUCCACGACCGCGAACAAUACAAACGCUCGCCCCGUCGGUAGUUCCCGUGCGCAGUCGAAAAGUCUCUUGAACAUGCUGUCGAGUCCGAUCUCCUCGCGCGCGACGCCAAAAGCCCCUUCUAGUAUGACGACGCCCUCGUCCGCAGGAGGUAAUCCUUACCAGAUAUUCGACCAAGGCAGCAGCGGCGCAGGCGGCGCGCCGCAGCUGCACCUGGAUCCAGCACUAGUGGCGGAGAUCGCCGGCGGCAGGAUCGAGGCGGUGCUGCACAACCCGAAGGUCGUGCCCUCAUCGCCCUCGUCGUCCGCCUCUCGGGUAGUCGUCCGAGACGACCAAAAUGCCGUUUCCCCAGCCGCCACGACAAACUCGAGCUCCAGUGUUUCUAACCCGAAAAUAGUUUUAACAACAGCAACGAAAGGUUUAGGUUCCUCAACCACGACGUCUUCGAAAAUGGAAACAAAACCGCGAACGGACCCGCUCCGGAACGUGAAGAUUUACCUGGCGUACGACGGCAGUCCAGUAGAGUACUGGCAGCUGAAGCACCUGGACUUCGUAUCGAAAGGAAAAAUCCCCCCUCCCCAUAUCAAAACGGAAUUUCUUAUGCUGGAUUUGUGUACACAAAUCAGGUCUGUAUUGCAGAGAGGCACUGUGGCCAGAUCCCCAGGCUAGGCAGGGGCGUAUGGGUCUAGUUGUUCAGCAUGGCAAACGGCGCCCCUUUAGGCCCAAUUAGCAUGACAAAGCGCUUCCAUAAUGGGGCGGAAGCUUCUGCCCUCGUCUUCUUGCAAGACAGAUGUGAUUUGUGACCUCAAAUCAGCAACAAAUAUAUCAAAUAUCACCUCCAGGGCUACGUGCGACCCCUCCGACGCUGCGUGUGGAAGGAGGAAGUUCGGCGUGUUGGGGGUGAGGGACCCCCGACGUUGGCCUACGGAUAUCAUGGGGAACUAAGGCUCAAAUCAGCAACACAAAUUCCCGGAAACAUACCUUUUCGAUAUGGGGAGGGGGGAUUUUUCCUUUUGAUACUUCGAGACCAUGUUUACGGAGUACAGCACGGAGGAGGCGACGCUGGUCUACGUGCACUACUUGUAUCCGAAGUAAAUUUCCUGUACACGUACAAAUGCGGUCUCUGCAUGGCAAAACUUGGCUUCGAUCCUAGUUUUGCAUGACAAGCUUCACACUCCAAAUUGGGAAAAUUUGUGAUGCAUCUUGUGCAUGUACGGAAAAUUUGUAUUGCAUAACUUGGAAGCCAAGGAGCGCGUGUGCCGCGCGACCGGCUCUCGGCAAACGACGCUGCUCCUCGACUGCGCCGGCGUCAGCAUGGGGCACGUGGCCACCUGUACCAAGUUCAUGCACCGGUUCAACAAAUCGUGCCUGAGUCUCGGGGACAGCUUCUACCCCGACGGCGUGAAACAGACGUGGCUGGUGAACAUGCCCUACGCGGCGGCGUUUCCGCUGAAGGUAACCCUGAGUCUCCUUGCCCAGUCAACAAGGGAGUCCGUGCGGGCCUUCACGCGCAACUCCUCGGGUCUGCCACCCGAAAUCCUCACAUUGUUGCCGCUGGAGGAAUAUGAAGCCCUCACCGUCCCGAUGGAGAACUCCGUCAUAUGAUGCCGGGAGUAUAAGUCGCUUGAAAAGAAAACAAUUCGAGAACCAUACUAGGCAGAAGUUGUCCUGGUAGAUGAGCAGGACUGCUCGUCUACUGGUGUUGAACAGUUGUCAACUGUCGAUUUUCUACUGGUGUACUUUCAGGCUAAACUGUAUGAUAUGUGAUUCGCGUCCACCAUCAAAAACAGAUGUAGACCGAACAUGAAAAUCAAAAACGCCUGCACAACCUGUACAAUUCAUCGAAAAAAACGUCAACAUGAAC